AUGACGCAAAUACAGGUUGCUCUCGUGAUUGCAAGAAACGAAUUCUGCCCUCAUGCUUCUCAAUCUUGGAUUGGCAUCGCGGGGUUUUUAAGCAAUCUCCUCAUCGACUACGUUAUAUGGAAAUUUGAGCUGCACCGCAUUGUAGGGAACCUCUUUAUCCUGAGUUUAUCGAUAUCUGAUCUAAUUCAAGGCAUAUUGGUUUCGAUCAUUUUUGCUGUUGACCUUUUAUCUGGUGAUACGGCAAUCUUCCGAGGACAGACUUGGUGUAGGUUCGCUGCUGGGUCGUCAUUAAUAGCUAUACUGAGCACAGUGUAUAACAUUGUUUUGGUGACACUGGAUCGUGUGAUAGCAAUUUUCAUGCCCUUUAGGUACCAUGAAAUCAUGACGGAGAAGAAAAGCAAAAUAAUCAUUGUAUCCUUAUGGAUAUACAUGAUAAUCUGGUGUGCAUUGCCAUCGUUUGGCUGGGCACAGAAAACCAAAUGUUUGCGUCCAUUGAACAGUAUUUGUGACUGGGGUGUGACGCUAGAACCCACCUAUUUCCUAAUAACAGGCGUUUUAGUUGCUACAUCGGUUCUUUUGGUAGCCAUUCUACAGCUGGCUAUGCUUGCAGUGGCAGUACGGCAAAUGAAAGCCAUUCGAGCGCAAGGACACCCACACAUACAAUCAGUUGAAACCACCCAAGGCAAAGUAACAAGAAAAGUAUUCUUUAUCGUUCUUGCUUUUGCCGUUGCAUACUUGCCGUGGUUUUCCGUAGUUCUUCGCACAGUGAUUACUGGCUUAGGGGGGCAGCAAUACAUUUAUAUGUGCAACUGUUUAAUUUUUCUCAACUCGCUUCUCAACCCUUGGAUUUAUGCAGCAACAGACCGUACAAUCAGGAAGCGAAUCAAGCAAUGUGUUUAUAAUCUCGGACGGAGCAAAGUCGAGCCACUGGCACCUUUACAGUUUGGACAAGAGAACCAACCAAUGCGUUCAUCAAAUGCAACAAUAUUCUCAAUUGAGGAAAUCAAAACAAAACGACCAAGUGUGUGAAGAGCUAAGGAAAAAGACAGUUUGAUGGUAUUUCAGGAAGCCCUCAACUUGGCAAAAGAAGUGUGAAAAAUCGUCCUCUAGCAUGGUAACUAAAGUCUUGUGUACCAGAACAUCGCUGAUAGGCGUUGCAAUAGGAAAUCGUUUCUCCAGAUAUACACAAUAUCAGGGUGUUUACUAUACACAAUAUCUGGUGGAGGAGUGCAAAGAGGGUGCAGGAGUGCAGUACAAGGUUGCAAUAUAUCCUUCAGUUGUUUCUAAAUUUCCACAAAAUAGCAAAGCAAUUUUUCCAGAUAAUUAAUGCUUCUCGGUAUGAUUCCUUCGACAUGACUAACCCCGUAUAUAAUAUACCUAAUGACCACACUUAUACUACGAUGCAACUGAUAACAUUUGUUCAAGUUGAAAUUAUGUUUUAAGCUGUUUUUCAAUAGAGCUGUGUAUCUGUUAAACAGUGAGUUUUCUACAGAAUCGCCAUUUUCUGUUCUGCAGAUUUUUGUACAUCCUAUUAAUCGAGAUAUAACACGGCAUGUAACCAGUGGUGUAGUGCUAUCAAAAUAACAAGGGGGGCUCUUGCACAAAAUGGUGCGAAAAACAAUAGUAAAAGUAGUAAUAUGCCAACUUUCGACAUUAACAAAGGGGGCUAAGCCCCCUGAGCCCCCUAGCACUACACCCCCGCUUGUAACGGUUGCUUUUUGUUGUCGCCUAUCAUUGGAACAUGAGCAUUGGACAAGAAUAUAGAAAACGUUGCAACCUUAAACAAAAAGUAAAAAUAACACAGCAGCUUUCCGAAUUCGGUGGGUCAAUUUUAACCGAGAAAUUUGAUAAUUAUAACACCGAAUAACCAGAUAGUUGUAGCACUACCUUGGUAGAUAUUAUUGAAAAAUAUUUGCGUACUUGACAUC